AUGUCCAGUCCAAGCGCAGCCAGCGGAAGCGGUACGAGCAAUGGCGAUGGCGGUGCCAAUGGCAAAAUCGAACAGUAUGGCCCCGCUGGGCCCUUUGGAGCCGUCUUUCAGAUCAUCCCUGGAGUGCAGAACUACGACUGGGGUAUCGAGGGCAAAAAGGGAAGUCUCGUUGCGGUCUACGGUGAAGCAACGGAGCAGCUUGGCAUGAAGAUCGAGGAUGACAAGCCGUAUGCAGAGCUCUGGAUGGGUACUCACCCCACGCUCCCUUCCACCAUCGUCCCUCCUCCAAACUGCCCAAGACCGCCUCCAUCCGGCACCUUCAUCAGCCUUUCGUCCUAUCUCAAUCGCCAUUCAUCCCUCCUCGGCGACAAGGUCGUCAAAAAGUACGGCGACGGUCUCACUCGCAAUGGUGGCGUGGACGGGCCUGACGGCAAAAAGAAGGAUCAAGGCGCCCUUCCAUUCCUCUUCAAGAUCCUCUCGGCAGGCAAAGCGCUCAGCAUCCAAGCCCAUCCGGACAAGGAUCUCGCGAAGCGCCUCCACGCCGAAAAGCCCAAGUCGUACAAGGACGAUAAUCACAAGCCCGAAAUGGCAAUCGCCCUCACUCCCUUCCGCGGUUUCUGCGGCUUCAGGCCUCUGGGCGAGAUCGUCCAUUUCCUCAGCGUCGUCCCCGAGUUUCACGCCCUCGUCGACCCGUCUGACGCCUUUCUCUCUGAGGUCGAGUACGCUUCCAAACCUACCAGUGGUACCACAGAGCAAGAGACGAAACAAUGGCUGCGAAAAAUCUUCGAGCCGCUCAUGAAAGCAAAAAUGACCGACGUCAAGAAACGUACGAUGGGAAUUGCACAACGCUACGCGUCCGCUCUCGCCUCAGGGUCAGCAAAGGACCUCGAAGUAGACGAGUCUCUCGCCAAGCUCGUCUGCACCCUCAAUGAGCAGUUUCCGGGCGAUGUUGGUGUCUUCUGCUCCUUCGUCCUCAACGUCGUGCGCAUGCAGCCGGGUCAAGCCAUGUUCCUCAAAGCGAACGAGCCGCACGCCUACAUCGAGGGGAACAUCGUCGAAUGCAUGGCCGCUAGUGACAAUGUUGUGCGUGCAGGCCUCACGCCCAAGGAGAGGGAUGUGGAUGUGCUCGUGGACAUGUUGACCUACUCCAGCGGAGGUCCGGACAAGCAGCUUAUGAAGCCUAGGCCAUGGUUGCCCGCCAAGGGAAGCAAGACGAGAGAAGCGUAUGGUGUGGCGGCCGAAGGCAAGGAGGACGACGACGAGGCUAUUGCGGCGGUUGAGCUACCCCUGGAUGUGGCGAGCCCGUCAGCUGCUAAGCGCGACGAGCCUCUGGCAUCGCUACCUUCGCUGCUCUACGACCCGCCCAUUGACGAAUUCUCCGUUGCGGUCACAAGGCUUCGUCCUGGUCAAGCUGAGAAGCAACGCGCCGUACAGGGUCCCUCGCUCUUGAUCCUCACGGCUGGGAAGGGCAAGCUGAGGACGGUUUCUGCAGAGGGUGAGGAUCAGCGUGAGUUCGACAUGGACAAGCCGGGCAAGGUCUUCUUCGUUGGCGCAGGGCAGGAGGUGGAGAUCUCGGCGGACGAGAGCGGCGACGAAGGUGCAGCAGCUGGCAGCUUGAGCGUGUUCCGUGCUUUCGUCGAGGUGGCAGAGUAG